GCGCAGUGGCACAUCACACAACCGCAAUAAGCAAACAUGGCGGCGGCCGUCGACAGUGUUGUUAAAGUGCUAGGAGAGCAGUAUUACAGAGAUGCCAUGGAGCAGUGUCAUAGCUAUAAUGCUCGCCUGUGUGCCGAGCGCAGCAUCCUCAUGCCUUUCCUGGAUUCUCAGACUGGUGUAGCACAGUCCAACUGUUACAUUUGGAUGGAGAAGAGACACCGGAGUGCAGGUGUAGCUCCAGGGCAGCUCUACACCUACCCAGCCCGUCGCUGGAGGAAGAAACGGCGUUCUCAUCCCCCUGAGGAUCCCCGCUUGGCCUUCCCCCCAAUCAAAGCAGCAGACUUGGAGCUAGGUCUGAAGCGUGAUAACUUGGGAGCAGUGGAUGGCAGUAGUUUGGAGGCCCUGUUGAAGGGAGAGCCUCUUGACAGGAGGAGCGGUGUGGCGGAUGUCCGCGGCCCUGAGGACGAUCCAGCCACCGUAGAGCCUCCUGUGACAUCAACGACCACCACGUCCUCUGGGCGCAUCCGUAAGAGAGUGCUGGACCAUGACGACUACUUGGAUGAUUUGGAUGAUGAAGACUUUGAGGAUGAGACCCCCAAGAGACGAGGGAAGAGCAAGUCCAAGGGCCGCAGUGACAAGAAUGGCAAGAAGAAAACGGAGGCCGCAGCUGCAGCACUGGAGGAGAGGGACAAACCGUAUGCCUGCGACAUUUGUGGGAAGCGCUACAAGAACCGUCCUGGCCUGAGCUACCACUAUACACACUCUCACCUGGCAGAGGAGGAGGGCGAGGACCGCGAGGAGAUCGAGGCACCACCCACUCCUCGCCAGCCUGAGGAGCAGAAGACUACUAAGAAGGGUCCCAAUGGACUGGCGCUGCCCAAUGAUUACUGUGACUUCUGUCUGGGAGACUCCACCCUAAACCAGAAGACCGGCCAAUCAGAAGAGCUUGUAUCCUGCUCAGACUGUGGUCGCUCAGGCCACCCGACAUGCCUGCAGUUCACACCAGUGAUGAUGGCUGCGGUGAAGACCUAUCGCUGGCAGUGCAUCGAGUGCAAGUGCUGCAACGUUUGUGGCACCUCAGAGAAUGACGACCAGCUGCUGUUCUGUGAUGACUGUGACCGAGGCUACCAUAUGUACUGUCUAACUCCACCCAUGACCGAACCACCAGAGGGGAGCUGGAGCUGCCACCUGUGCCUGGCUCUGCUGAAGGACAAAGCCUCCAUAUACCAGCAAAACCAGAGCUCUGCCCCUGAGUGACAUCACAGUUGCAGACUCCACCCCCUUCAGGCACCAGGAUCCCGCCCCCAAAUGAAACGUCAGACCUCCUCUCAGUCUUGGUCCAGAAGUAGCUGAGCCAGAUUGCAGAUCAGCUUUAGAAGUCUUUCAUAUCUUCAGCGCCAAAAGUGUGUGUGUGUGGGGGGGAACAGAGCCAAAACAGACCUCAGAUCAGCAACCACGGGGAUCAAACCUUCACUACCAAGCCCCCCGAGGCCUGCCGUCAAACAGCAUGGACACACACUUUCUCCUGGACUGUUACACACCAGAUAUAGAGACAGAGCGCAUGCAGUAACCAUAGUAACUGCUGUCUCCAUGGGAGCUCCCAGGAGAAAACGGAUUAGCACCACCUCUAAUUAUCUGCACCCUCUUACACUCAAAGACACAGCGUGCACUGUCGACCCACCACAGUUCUUCUGCCGAAUGAUCUGUUUUUAACUCCCUGAAAGGAGCAAAAGGAAAAUGUCACAAUAUACAGUAAACGGUUAUUAUUAUUAUUAUUAUUAUCAUUAUUGUUAUUGUUCUGGUUACUAGUGGGCUUUUGUAGUGGCAUGUGUGCUUUUGUCUGAUCCAUCGGAGUAUUUAUCCUUUGAAGAAGUUUCUCUGAGGGGGAACCAGUCAGUGCCAAGGUCCACUGUCAUAUGAGACGCAUGCAACAGCGGCUCACCACUUGCUCAUCAUAAAUCAUGUUUGUUUUACAUCAGUUUCUGCACAAAAGUUUUUGUAAUUGCUACUUUUCAUCACCAACUUCAUUACUUCAACCAAACACUACAUAGAGACCACAUACUGUAGGCUGAAUUCAUCGAACGAAAGCCUUUUUUUUUUUUUAUGAUUUCAUCUUUAUUUCUUCAUCAGACAGAAUACCUGAUUGUUGUGAAAGCAGUUCCCAUUGAAACAAACAGAUGGUGGAAAGUCAGAUACAUGAAACUAGUUAGGAUAAAGUAGCAUCUUUUCUCACAGCUGUUUUUGUGCUUGGUUUGUAAAAGUCAUCUGGCAGCAACAUUGUCCUCUCACACUGCCUUUUCUGUUGAUCCAAUGGCACACACUGCUGCUUUCAUCAUUUGUCACACUGAGGCAAAUUUGCAUGCAGAUUGCACCCGUAUGAAUGCACACACACUCAUGUCACACUUUUUUGUUGUUGUUGACAUUGUAUUGUUUGUAAAAAUUUUUUUUUUUUACAUUUUAUAUUAUCUGAUAUUCCAUUGGUACUGGGAGUUUUCUAGUAGAAUUUUGUAACGUCUACAGCAUAGCAAACACUUGAGUAUCUAGCUCCUAAUGCGUUCUCUGUACUGUAUUGCAUUUUUGUUUCAAUUUUUGUUAUGACUGACAUAUUUGGAUUUAUUUCAUUAUUCUGAUAUGUCAAACCUCCAUCAUGAGUAUUUGUAUAAUGUACUUUGUUGUACUAUUUUUAUUUUUACAUUUCUUUGGUAUUGAAACCAAUUUAGCCUGACUGAAAUAAAAAUCACUUUGAA